AUGGACAUUGAAUAUUUGCUGCAUUUGACUCGUCAAGUUCAGAUAGAAUGGGUGAUCAGGCUUUUGGUUCUGACAAGCAUGGUGGUGCAGCUUAUGCUGGUUGUUUGUGGUGCCCGCAGGUAUAUUAGCUCAAGUCGAUCUCUGCGGGCUCCUUUGCUGCUUCUCCAUUUGGGGAGCCCUGAUGCCAUUACUGCGUAUGCCUUGGCUGACAAUGAACUCUGGUUAAGGUAUGCAUGCACUAUGGUUUAUCAAGUUUCUGUUGCCGGAUAUGUUAUGUGCAUAUGCAAACAAGAAGGAUUUGUAUUCGCUGCUGGUUUUCUUCUACUAGUCGCAGGAGUUUGUAAGUAUGUUGAAAGAACAGCUGCCUUAGCAUUCGCCACUUAUUUUGAAAUCGUGAAUUCUACUGAACCUAUUUUUAAAUUUAUGGAGCACGAGGACAAGAUAGAACCAGGAGAAUUCAAUUAUAUCGUGGUGGGAGAGAAGCAGCUCAAUGAUUGGUGGGAAAAUCAUCUAUGGCCUACAUCCCCAAGGGAAUUUCCAGGUGUAACAACCAUACAACAUGUAUGGAGCCACGAAGACCGACAGCCAACAGAUGACUACCUCCUCUGCUUAUCUUAUGCUUUAUUCAAGUUGUAUAAGCGGCAGUUUGUAAGCCUCUAUUUCUACGAAUGGUCGAGGAAUAAAACAAGGAGGUUCUUUUUAAGAAACGGUCUAGAAUGUGAGAAUGUGUUCAGAGUAGUGUCUUAUGUUCUGCAGCGCUUGCUGUGGAGGUUUAUCAAUUCUGCAGAGUUCUGACAUCGGACUGGAGUAUGGUGUGGUUCAUUUGUGCUGGAAUCAAUGGAGAAAAAAUUAAUCCGACCGAAAAAGAUGUAUUCAGUGGCACAACUUCAAGCUCAAGCUUUUUCAUUUAACUAAGUGUCUGCUCCGCAGGAUUCGGAAGCGGCUUGGAAAUCAGUACUGGAAGAAUGUAAUUCCGCAAUACAGGGUGAUAGAUACUUGCUUCAAGACUAAGUCUUCUUGUAUAUGGAAGGUGGCUCGCAAAUAUCCGAGGAGUUUUAUUGUACUGUGGUACAUCAAGUUAAGGUAUACCAGUGCAACGGCUGUGGAGGAUGAUCUCAAGCAGCUUAUAUUUCAGAAGCUUCAAAAUGUAUGCUCUCCAGACGAAGACAUUGCAAUUUGCAAAUUUUAUGCCUUUGAAGCCUGUUUGAGCGAAGAUCUAAAGUGGGCUUCCAAAAUGGAUGUGGAGGAUCUCAUUCUCACAUGGCAUAUCGCCACCGCGAUUUGUGAGGAACACUGGAAGCCGAAUCCUGGAUAGGAUGACAAAAACGUUCGUUUGACUACGAUGCUGUCCAGGUACUGUUCUUAUCUUUUGGUCUCUCACUCUAAUCUUUUGCCUCUCUAUGCCGACAUUGCAAAGAAAGGUCAAAUGAAAUUUCACUAUGACAUUGUGGAGUUUGUGAAUAGAUUUGAGCUGUACGAUAAUGCGGUAGUUUUAAUAGACUGUGAGGAGGAAACAAAACUAGGUUUUGGGGCAAAGCUAGCCAGGCAGCUGCAGAACAUUGAAAACCGGUGGGAUAUAUUAACAGAUUAUUGGGUGGCGUUGCUGAUAAAUAUUUCUUUCUAUAAUAAGUCUACAUUUCAUGCAGAGCUCCUCACCGCAGGAGGGGAAUUCCUGAUUCAUGUGUGGGUGCUUCUGGAUCACAUAGGAUGUUGAGAGCAAUCUGACACGGCCAUCUCAAGAAAAAUUGAGGACAAGUCCAUCAAGGCGCCAUCCCCACCCCUGUCCUCGUGUUAGGAAAUGAAGCUCAACCGGCAGCUUCACCGCUGAACUUUUGUCCGUCGAAUUUGAAGGUUCAUUUGUUAUAUAUAUCUCAUAUGUAGCUGCUCAGCUUGAUGCAAUUUUUCAGACAGUGAUAAUAUAAAAUUCCCUUGCUCUUAAU